CCAGAUAUUUAGAUGGUCUCUUACAACACAGAACUCCUGUCUUGGGGCAAAGCAGGAAAUCUCUAAAGUCUAGCAAGGGUCUAUCUUCAGGGCUUCAUGCUGAGUCCACCAGUUCAGGUCAUUAAAAGGACUUACCAUGGCAGGUAAAGAUGGCAAAUCCAAACGCGGCAAAUCCAAAGGCUCCAAGAAGAAAGCAAAGAAGCCAGUGAGUGAAGUGGAUAUCCUUAGCCCAGCUGCCAUGCUCAAUGCCUACUACAUUUCUCACAAUGCUGCUGCUUGCCUGGAGUUCCGUGGCUUUACUUGGCCUGGCUCCCCCAAAAAGAAAGGGAAGAAGGGAAAAUAGUAAUCAGAUGGAUGUAAACCAAGGGACUCAUGAUUUACAAGCUCCACGGGGAAAAGGAGAACCCCUGUUAAGGACUGAAAGCAAACUGAUCACUCAGGUUUUUAACUCUUAAUGUUUGCUAUAAUCACUGUGAAGGCCAAUACUACCAAGACACUCUUGUUAUGUUUGAGCGUACAGUAGUAAAUGUUAAUUUAAGAUGCUUACUGUGCCAAUGUAAUAUUAACCCUAGCCAUUAGCCUGCUAAUUCUGGAAGCUAAUAAAACAUUGUACCUCUGUGAGCAAUUCUAA